AUGCUAAAUAUAAAGAAAGCUAGUGUUGCUGAACUGUUUUCAAAAUUUAACGUGACACUGAAAGAAGCUUGGUUAAAUGAAGUCUUGGAAUAUCUUCAAUUGGAAAGAGCAGAUGCGGAUAUUCCCACAAUAAUUCAACUCGUAUACGAACAGUGGCUUUUUUCGGAAUUAUCGAAUAGUACACGCCCAAAAAUACGUCUGCCACCAUUCGAGAAGAAAACAGCUUUGGACAGUGAUGUUGUUGUUCAAAUAAACUGGCUGGUAGAUAUACACACCUCAAUGUACUCGAAAUUAAAUCAAUAUGUUGGCUGUAACCUAGAUAACAUUUCCUUCCACUGGGAGCCAAAUGAGGGAGCAGAGGAUUUGGAUUCAGUAAAUCGAAUGUAUCUGAUGGAAGUAACCGACGGCCAAAGGAAAUUGCGUGCUGUAGAAUACCAAAAAGUUGAUGAAUUGUGUGGAAAAUUGUCAUGUGGGACAAAGCUCCUAAUUUACGGUGGCACGAUUUGUCGUCGCAACGUGUUGUUGCUAACGCCAAAUAAUAUGAUGAUAUUGGGUGGUGAGAGCGAAACAUGUCAGCAGAAUGUUUCAGUUCUUGCUAUUGCACGACGGUUAGGAAUUGAUGAAAAGAAGCUGAAAUUGCUGGAAUGCGCGAAAGAUAAAGAAUAUGAAAAUUCGAUGAAGAUAAUGGACGGAAUAGAAACGGAAAAAGUGGAAAAGAUCCAUACUACAAUGUCAUCAGUUCUCAUAAGUGGGAAUGUUGCAGUAAAUUCAGAUCAACAGCAAAGUGCAAACAUGCGUAGAACAGGAAAGGGAGAAAACGCUAGAGCAAAAAAACAGAAGAGAACUGUUUUGUCACGCACGAUAACAUCCUAUUUUCAACCUCAGCAUAAGGUUACUACUUCCAAAUUAAAUCCAAAAGUUUCAACGAAAUCUCAGACACCAUUAAUCGGUCAGGAGAUUAAAGAGGAACUUAAACCAGGAUACUUAGCACGAGGUCCACUUCAAAAACAGCGAGAAAUGCAGCCUCCACCAGUAUUAUUUCCUGUUUCCGAUUCGAAAAAGCAGUCGCAGCAUUCUAUCGAAAUGAUCACUUUUCCGCAAGAAUCAAAUGAAGCAUUAGGAGAACAAUUGGCUUCACCUGCAAUAGCAUUAUCACAGGUUACCCGCACAGAGAAGAUAAUAAGUGACUCAGGAAUGCAAUCUGAAUUAAAGGAAAUAACUGGAAAAUCAAUAACCAUGAUGCAUUACCAAUCUCCAAAUGUAGAAAACUUCAAUACCUCUUCAGAAUUCAGAAUACAGCCGGAAAAGACUCCAUUUUCAGUUAGUUUAUGGACAAGAAAUUCUAAAACUGAGUCAUCGAUGGUUGAAGCUAAUAGUCUUCACGUCCGAAAAAUAAAUACUAUUCAUGGCAGUGUUAUACUUAAUGGAGGAAGUGAACGAAAAGAUGGUGAAGCAAAACCAAUGAUUCCUACGUGGUCUACAGACUUACAACGAAAUUCCGCAGAUACGAUUAUGCAUGAAGCUAUUAUUUCCUCAUCAAAUAUUCAGGAACAGACAAUUUGGGCUGCUAACAAAUGGAAACGUGCAACCAAGGAGAACAAUAAACAGUUUUUGGUAAACGAAUUUCAUGUGCCUGCUUCAAAAGUGCAAGUGCAAACAAAGCAUAAUGACAAUGCUUUGCUGGUAAAUUCAGUUUCAAUUCAUAGUGUGAGAUACUCGCCGCAGAACUCUUCAAGAAAACAGGCAUCUUGUAAUUUACAAGAAAAGCAAACCGUCAAAGCAUCAAAUGUUGCUUUCCAACCGGAUGUGACACCAUGUCGUUCCGGCUUACUAUUUUCCGCGUCAGAGCAAAAUCUUUGUAGGCCGCCAGUUACCGAUAUCCAGCAGAAUCCUAUUCUAUUUCACGCUUCUCAAAACUCAUUCGUGAAUACAGAACCGCAGCAAGUUGAAGGACAUCCUAUGUACUGUAAUACUUCUCUUACAAAUCGUCCGGCAACAUUAAUUUUGCCUGACACAACGCUCCAGAUAGUACCACAUGUAAAUAUCAUACAACGAUAUCGUGCUUUGAACAUUGUGUCGAUAAGGGAAGCUUACCAUCAACGAAGAUUUUGUCUGGUCGCACAUCGUAAACGAGUUCAGCCAAUUUUUUGCAAAUUGCAUGCUGGCUUGCAAUUUAUUGGACAAAGCUGGACAGCAGCGCUUCGGAUUGCUGACGAAACUUGCAAUGCACUCGAUUGCUUAGUGGAUAACAAUGCAAUCAAUAAUCUGAUCGGUUUCACACCGCAGGAUGCACAGCAAGCGGUAGCAAACAGUGAUCGCGUUCGCGUAGCAUACUACAAAGGGCGUGCUCAAGCGAUGCUUGAAACAUUCAAACGGUUGGAUCUGGUGUUAACAAUCGAAUUCUCGUCAUCGUCAGAUAUUCUGCCGCUCAUCGUCCACAUUACCAAUCUUUCAACAGCACUUGGUUUAUGCUAA